AUGCCUGGCUCGCAGGGGAGCCAGGUCUUACAGGUGCCUCCUGGGCCAGACCCACCGCCACCCAGUGCCCAGUAUGAGCCGCAGACACCCAGAAAAGAGGGCCCAGCCAGCACACUGGAGGAAAUGGCGGCUGGCAGCGAGGGCAACCUUGGUGGCUCCAGUGGUGAUACGGAGCGGCCGCAGCAGCCCAUCAAUUGCCUGGUGUGUGGCGACAAGUCAAGCGGCAAGCACUAUGGCCAAUUCACCUGCGAGGGCUGCAAGAGCUUCUUCAAGCGCAGUGUGGGCAAGAACCUGACCUUCACAUGUCAAGCCAACCAAGAUUGUCGCGUUGACCAGUACCGCCGCAAACAGUGCCAGUACUGCCGCCUCAAAAAAUGCAUCGACGUGGGUAUGAAACGGGAAGCAGUGCACAGGAACAGGAUGCUGCCCGCGCCGCCACCCCAAGGGCAGUUUAUGUUGGCCAACGGGGAAAUUCUCAACUCCCAGACUAACCUGUCUGGAUAUAUUUCUCUGCUGAUCCACGCCGAGCCAUAUCCGCUGUCUGGGUCAGGCAGCCAGGACGUGCAGCCCAACGAUGUCUUGAUCCUUGAGAAUAUCUGCGAACAGGCUGCUCGUGUGCUCUUCGGUGCUGUUGAAUGGGCCCGGAAGAUACCUUUCUUCCCUGACCUGGAGGUGAAUGACCAAGUGGCCCUGCUUCACCUCACCUGGUGUGACCUGUUCAUGCUCAACUGGGCACAGUGCUCCAUGCCCCCCCAGGUCCUCCCCUUCCUGGCCGCCACCAGCUUACACACCUCCCCGGGGUCCUCCAACCAGGUGGCCGUCUUUAUGGAAAACGUACAGAUGUUCCAAGACCAAAUGGAGAAGUUCAAAGCUCUGCACGUCGACCCUGCCGAGUACAGCUGCCUCAAGGCCAUCAUCCUGUUUGCUCCAGAUGCCCUUGGUCUCUCUGAUACAGUCAAUGUGGAAAGCUUGCAGGAAAAGUCCCAGUGUGCACUGGAACAAUACGUUAGAAGGCAGUACUCCAACCAACCAAUGAGAUUCGGAAAGCUUUUGCUUCGCCUCACUUCUCUCCGCGCAGUCCCCUCCUCAGUGAUAGAGCAAUUAUUUUUUGUCCAUUUGGUGGGUAAAACCCCCAUCAAAAUCCUUAUCCGAGACAUAUUACUGUCAGGUAGCAGUGGUAACUAG